UCCUUCUUCAUCUCUCUCUCUCUAUCUUUCCUCUGCGUCUUCUUCUUCUUCUCGACGACAAAAAAACACCGAAGUAGAUUCCAAAUCUAAAAUCACCUUCGUGUAUUUUUUAGCGAAGGUGGUGCGAUUUGCUUCAGGCGGUGUUUGAUUUAUCGAGUUGUGUCGGGAGAUUGAUUAAGAGUUAGUUAGGAGGAGAAAAUGAUGGGUUUCGCGAUAACGGAUGAGUUUCUGGGAACAUUCGUGCCGAUUUUGGUGUAUUGGAUAUAUUCAGGGAUGUACAUUUGCUUAGGAUCUAUGGAUAAAUAUAGAUUGCAUUCCAAGAUUGACGAGGAUGAGAAGAAUCUCGUUACCAAAUCUGCCGUCGUCAAAGGCGUCCUUCUUCAACAGACUCUUCAGGCCAUUAUCGCCGUUAUCCUCUUCAAGAUAACAGGGAAUGAUGCAGAUGCUGCUACGGCGCAGCCAUCUUCUGUUUUACUUCUAGCUAGGCAAUUUAUCAUUGCUAUGCUUGUGAUCGACACUUGGCAAUACUUUAUUCAUCGUUAUAUGCAUCUCAACAAGUUCUUAUACAAGCACAUCCACUCUCAACAUCAUCGUCUCAUCGUGCCUUAUGCAUAUGGAGCUCUGUAUAAUCAUCCACUAGAAGGUCUUCUUUUGGAUACUAUUGGUGGUGCUUUGUCUUUCCUCUUCUCUGGUAUGUCCCCAAGGACUGCUAUCUUUUUCUUCUCCUUCGCUACCAUCAAAACGGUUGAUGAUCAUUGUGGACUGUGGCUUCCGGGAAAUCCAUUUCACAUCUUCUUCAGUAAUAAUUCUGCUUACCAUGAUGUUCACCACCAGCUCUAUGGAAGCAAAUAUAACUUCUCGCAGCCGUUCUUUGUCAUGUGGGAUAGGAUUCUUGGUACUUACUUGCCUUAUUCGCUUGAGAAAAGAGCCAAUGGAGGAUUUGAAACACGGCCAAUAAAAGUAUCCAAAGAUGAGUAGUUUUCUUCUCUUUCUUCAGGGGAUUCUUAUCAUUGCUAUGACACUUCGUUAGAGAGAACCACUGUAACCUUUGCGUAUUUGUAACUGUACAUACACUUCCAAUCUAUGCUUUUCUCAAUCUGCGGGAUUAUGUUUCUGUGUAAGCUAGCAGUAAAUUCGUUUUGUAACAGCCAAGACUUCAGAUCUUCUCUCUUAAUAUUAUCUGCUUUAUAAUUUCAGAU